AUGUUGUGCCGGGCUGCGUGCAGCACGAGCCGGAAGCUGACCCCCGCUCUGGAAGCUCUGGGGUGCAGGCAGAAGCACAGCCUGCCGGACUUGCCCUAUGACUAUGGCGCCCUGGAGCCCCACAUCAACGCCCAGAUCAUGCAGCUGCAUCACAGCAAACACCAUGCCACUUACGUCAACAACCUGAACGCCACCGAGGAGAAGUAUCAAGAGGCGCUGGCCAAGGGUGAUGUCACGACUCAGGUGGCUCUGCAGCCUGCACUCAGGUUCAAUGGCGGAGGGCAUAUCAAUCACACCAUUUUCUGGACCAACUUGAGCCCCAGUGGUGGUGGAGAGCCCAAAGGAGAGUUGCUGGAAGCCAUCAAACGUGACUUUGGAUCAUUUGAGAAGUUUAAGGAGAAGUUGACAGCCGUGUCUGUGGGUGUUCAGGGUUCAGGCUGGGGCUGGCUCGGUUUCAACAAGGAACGGGGACACUUACAGAUCGCUGCAUGUGCCAAUCAGGACCCACUGCAAGGAACAACAGGUCUAAUCCCCCUGCUGGGGAUUGAUGUGUGGGAGCACGCGUACUACCUUCAGUAUAAAAACGUCAGACCCGAUUACCUAAAAGCCAUCUGGAAUGUAAUCAACUGGGAGAAUGUCGCUGAAAGAUACAGGGCUUGCAAAAAAUAAAGCAUUAUCGUUACGUUGA